UUGCGCAGCUCUUGCGCUGACCACACACACAUAUAUAUUCCUGUGCCUUUCUGUAUCUCCAACCCCCCCCCCCCCCCCCCCCCUCUCUCUCUCUCUCUCUCUCUCUCAAAAUAUUCUUCACAUUUGUAACUCAUUUCUCGAUUCCACCUCCUCUGUGGAUAUGAAUACAGGACACCAGCCUGCGGUCAGAGUCUGGGACGUACAAGAAAAGACACAAGUGGCUGAGUUUCAUGGUCACAAGUUUGGAAUCAAAUGCGUGGCUUUUUUCCCUAACAUGAAGGAAAUAGUGUCUGUAGGCACCCAGCAUGACAUGAUGGUUAAUGUGUGGAACUGGAAAACUGGUAAUAAAGUGGCUUCAAACAAAGUUUCUGCUAAGGUUAGCGCUUUGGCUUUCUCUGAGGAUGGGAAAUGUUUCGUCACUGUAGGAAAUAGGCAUGUUCGUUUCUGGUACAUAGAAGAUAAAAAGUCAAAGAUAAACCAGACAGUACCCCUGAGUGGCCGAUCUGGCAUCCUGGGAGAUCAGAAGGACAACUUCUUCUGUGAUGUGGUAGCCGGACAAGGUCACAUGUGUGGACGAUUUUUUGUCAUCACUCAGUCGGGCCUGUUGUGUGAAUUCAAUGAAAAAAGACAAUUAGAGAAGUGGGUGGAGUUAAGGACAAAAUCGGCCACUUGUAUCACAGCUGGGCAAGAGUACAUCUUUGUUGGCUGUGCAGAAGGGGUUGUCAGGGUGUUCAGUUCAACAUCUCUUCACUACAUUUGUUCAUUGCCCAAGCCCCACCACCUGGGAGUGGAAGUGACCGCAGCAACAAGCCCUAGUCACAUGGUGAGCAACAGAGAUGAUGUCAGAUACCCAGACACAAAGGCAAUAACCAUUGAUGAUGAUCACAAGAAAGUGACCUGCAUUUACAAUGACCAGAGUGUGUAUAUAUGGGAUGUUCAUGACAUAAAGAGGGUAGGGAAAGCCUGGUCUUUUCUCUAUCACAGUGGCUGCAUCUGGUCUUUGGAGGUAUAUCCAUCACUAGAGGAUGAAACCAAAGCCAUGCUACCUCCAGGGUCUUUUCUAACAGCAUCUGGGGACAAUACUAUACGAGUGUGGAACUUGAACACUCACAUGCCAGAAAACACCUCCUACAGAAGGAACAUCUAUAGUAAUGAAUUGUUGAAAAUAGUGUAUGUUGAUCCCACAUUGUCGUCAUUGUGUAGCGUGGACUACAAUCCAGCUGGUGCUACAGAUAAAACAGACACCAGCUAUGAUGGCAAAAAUGGGGUGCGCUCAAUCAGAGUAAGUCCAGAUGGUGCACACCUUGCUUCUGGAGAUCGGCAAGGCAACAUUAGACUCUAUGACAUGCAGUACCUCAGGGAACAGAAGUGUAUUGAAGCUCAUGAUUCUGAUGUCAUGUGUCUGGAAUACUCAUACACAGAUGCUGGCCGUUUUCUUGCAACUUCCAGUCGUGAUAGACUUAUCCAUGUGUUUGAUGUGGAUGCACAUUAUGGAUUGGUGCAGACACUUGGGGAUCAUUCAUCUUCCAUCACCGCUGUACGAUUUACAGACCUGGACAACAAACUUAGGAUGAUCAGCUGUGGUGCUGACAAGUCGAUUUUACUCAGAAAUGCCGUAACUUCUCCUGAGUUUCAGUUCCAACUGGAACACCAUUUGGCCACCAAGAUCACUUUGUAUGACAUGGUGAUUGACCCUACACAGAAACUCCUGGCCACAGCUUGUCAAGACAGAAAUGUCAGAUUAUACAACAUACAAACGACCAAAGAAAAGAAGUGCUACAAAGGAUCAUUAGGGGAUGAAGGGGUGUUGCUGCGAAUUCACCUGGACCCCUCAGGGACAUAUGUAGCCACAACUUGCACAGAUAAAAAUGUAUGCAUUCUGGAUUUCCACACUGGAGAGCUGGUGGCUACCAUGUACGGGCAUUCAGAAGUCAUCACUGGCGUCAAGUUUGUCAAUGACCUGAAGCAUGUGAUAACCGUGUCAGCAGACGGAUGCAUAUAUGUAUGGCGACUUCCUGAAGACAUGACCAACCAGAUGAAAGGGAGACUGCUGGAGUUGGGGAAAACAAUGAAGGAUGCUGAUUAUUUCAGAUCUGAUCAAUCUUUGAUGCCAAAUCCAGUAAUGUUGGACAGCUCAGCUGUCGAUGGAAACUUCCCUGUGGUCAAGUCAGCAUCAACAGGCCACAUUUCCAUGUUUAAUGAUGAGAAUACUGAUGAUAAAGAAGAGGGUAAUGGUGAUUCAGAGGAUAUGACUCUUGACAUGUUUGAUGAUGGAGCCAGCCAGGCUAGUUUGGACUACAGGUUCAGCAUUGGGCAGUUGCCCAACUGGGCUAAAGCUAAGUUUGGGGAUACACAUUCUGAAGGAUCUGAGAGUAGCCAGGAGCAUGUUCAGCCGAAGGGAAGAUGGGCUCAGAGAAUAGAUCACACUGUGGAGUUCAAAUCCCAGUUAGAUCUGACUUCAGAGGAGGAUACUCCCACAGAUCGACGCCAUUCAGUGGAUACUAGUUCCAGCAAGCUGUCUGAAUUACGCCGUGAGACAGUCGUUCUGGACAAACCAAGUGAAAUCAAGCAUUGGUCUAAUAGGUUUGACUUUUUAAAGAGCAGAAGUCUUGAGCUCGAUGACGCAGACGAUGUGGACACCGGCUCGGAUACGACUGAGAUCAUUUAUCCGCCUGUCGACUCAGAAUCAGAUCUGUUUGCGAGCUCAUACAAGGUGUUUGCAGCCGAUGAUGCGAAACAGGAUGACAGCAAGCCUAAUCAGGGCAAUGUUUCCAAUCAAGAUGAUAAUUCUGUCAGCACAGAUCCUGUUUCUUUAGAAGAUGAAGAUGACAACAACGAUGACACUCAGGGCACCUCCACACCCACCACACCUUCAGAUACAGACAAGGAGUUUCUGGUCAGGACGCCCGACAAGGAGGACUUUGUGAGAGAAAACUUUGAAGAGGAUUCAUUCACCCCAAUCCCAAUAGAGAAAUUCACCAGAUCCUUGGACACACUUGAGAAGCAGGUUAUUGCAGGUGCUGCAGGGUCUCCGUUUGAAUCAACACCUUUCAGUCCCAGGCUGAGUCUGUCUGCCAGGUUCAUGUCUCGGGCGCAGGUUUCCACCUUCAAAAAUAUAUCUACGUCUCAGAUCACCUACAGACAAGAUAAUUGGCACAGUCAGAGAAACAAAAUGGAGAUGACUAAAGCAAUGGAUGAAACACGCAAAAGCCUUUUAGCUAUGAAUCUGCGUAGAAGCUCAUCCGAGUCGGAGUCCCCCGACAAAGAGGACCCGCCGUCACCUCCUACCAAAUUAGAAGAG